AUGUCUUCCACGAGUGGGACUACGAAGUCCAACAGUGUAAAGACAAAUGUGACCACGAGCAUAUCUAAUUUAGCCAUCGAAAAGUUCUCUGCUGGUGAGAGCGUCGCUGUGGGCUCUCAUGGAGUUGAAAUUGUCAAGUAUUUGACAGAAGGGGGGUUUGCACAGAUAUACCUAGUAAAACUAACCGAAUACCUUAAUGAGUUUGACGCCAUUGAUAUCCAGAAUCAAAGACAACAGCAAGAAUUGAAGAUCGGAGACCUUGUCUGCUUGAAAAGGGUUAUGGUAUAUGACGAGGCUGGGUUGAGUGAGAUGAAAAACGAGGUCAAUGUGAUGAAGCAACUGAGGGGGAAGCCCAACGUUGUUCAGUACUACGAUUCCAAUGCGACUCGAAACCGCGGAGCUAAUGGCGGAUUUGAAGUAUUUUUAUUGAUGGAAUAUUGCCCCAACAAAUCGCUGUUAGACUACAUGAAUCAACGACUAACCACAAAGCUAACCGAGUCUGAGAUCCUGAACAUCAUGUAUGACAUCACACUAGGUGUCUCACAGUUACACUUCUUGGACAAUCCCCUUAUUCAUAGGGAUAUAAAGAUAGAAAAUGUUCUAGUAGACCAUAACAAUAGGUUCAAAUUGUGUGAUUUUGGAUCCACUAAUAUAUGCCCCCCCAUUGCGACCACGAAUCAGGACAUUUCUGUCCUAACACACGACAUUUACGUCCAUACAACGCCCCAGUACAGAUCCCCUGAGAUGAUAGAUCUUUUCAGAUGUUUACCCGUAAAUGAAAAGGCAGACAUUUGGGCGCUUGGUGUAUUCCUUUACAAACUGCUGUUUUACACAACCCCCUUCGAACUCACGGGCCAGUUUGCCAUAUUACAUUCGAAGUAUGAAAUCCCACAGAGUCACUAUUCAGAAAGGUUGUUGAAUUUGAUUGUCGUUAUGCUUGCUGAAAAUCCAAACCUAAGACCCAAUAUCUAUCAAGUGCUAUCUGAAAUAUGUUCCAUUUUGAAUGUAGAAGUGCCAAUACCUGAUAUCUACGGCGCUGGCGUGUUUAAUUUCAACAAUUUUGCACUUUUCCAAAAGAAGGUUCAAAAGAUACAAUCGCAAUUAUUUCAAAUGGUACAAGAUCGUACCAAAUCACGCUCUCAGCCAGCUCCAACUUCAAAUGAAGAUGUGCUAAAUGACCUCUAUGUCAGCUACUUUGAUGUGGCCCCUAAACUGACCAACCCUCAUCUUGAAAAUGAAAAUAGUGCCGAUAAGACAACGUUUCCUGACAACAGAAAAUCAAUAACCUCCGAAGAUAGAUUGUCCAGACACACCAGCCACACUUUAGACUCUUACAAAAGUGUUCCAACAACUGUAACGUUCCCUCAAACGGCAGGAUCCGACCAAGCCAACCAUAAGGCGAAUGGGGAGGGUAGAUAUUAUUUGGGUGUGGAUGAACUCAACUUAAUGACUAAUUUAGAUGCCAAGUGCAAAUCAAACGAUCCCUCAGCUGGUCUGAAGAAUCAAAAUAUGGGGAGCUAUUUAGCAAACACUAUGACAACAAAACCACAACGUCAAAAAAGUAUGAGCUCAUAUUCUUCUGGGGCCAUUUCAGCGAAGAGCAUGACGAACGUCUCAAAGGUGGCGUCCAGCAAUUAUAUCGAGGAGCUUGUAAUUAAAGACAACCAACAAAGAGGGUUAAAGCAACACAAGUCGAACAAUCCAUUUCCAAAUAUGUUCGCAGAUCUCCAAGCAGUGUCCAAAGACAAUAGUGCUGUUCCCGCUGUUGUAGAGAAACAACAAAAUUUCGAAGCCACCAACAGGGGCAAUAGCCAAAAUGGCUUCCCCAAUAACUCUACAUCAACUCCUAGGACUGCUAUCAAGGGUCAAUCUUCCAUACAUAUUUAUCCGGACACAAAUCCAACACAUCAAAUGCCCUUUGAAAUUUCCUCAAACGACGUAGGUUCACAACCUCAACCAAGUGUGGUGGAUCUCGUCACAGACAGUAACAAUUUGAAUUCGAUCCGACCUGGAGGUCUAAGUGCUGGGCCACAAAACAUUAUUUCAAGUAAGCCAAACGUUGUACAAUCGGACAGACAUGACACCACCUCGUUUGUUCCACCAGGAAAUAAUCAGGACAGGAAUAAUGUGAACAAUAUUAAGAACACCCUUCCACUUCCCCCUACCCAGCUACCAUUCUUAGUUCCACAAUCCGUGCCAUCUACAAAAGUACCAAAAGAAACAUCGAAUCCUUUUCCGUUUGUUUCCCGGGAUCAGCAAAAACCACAACAGUUAUCACAACCAUUGCCUAUUACUAAGCCACGCGCACCUGCUGAGACUUUAAGACCACUACAACAACCGCCGGUGCCUGCACCCCGUACAAAGCCAGUAGUUGGUGUUGACAAAGUCCUGCCACCUCCGACGAAAAAGAAGACACAUGGUUUAGAGUCUUCUCAAUUGCUCACAGAUCAAUCAUUUGGGAACAGCAAUUCGGCAGACAGGCGACCAAACCACCCCGGAGCACUGAAGUUUAGCUACAAUGAAAUGGACUUGUCUGCUGAUGAGGACGAAAGCACGUACGAUUAUGGUCGUGAUGAGGAGAGCACAAAUGCGAGCGGUAGACUCCCCUUCCAUCAUGACCCCAGUUCAUUGUCUGUGGCUUCAACUGAGAGCAUCGAAUUAAAUUUCAAGAAGAAGGGUGGGAGGCAUGGUGUACAACCUCAAAGGGUAGUAUCCCCAAAACCAGCUGGGAAGCGCGACAUUAUGGGGGGUAAUUUGAAUAAAUCAGGUAAUGUUACUAUCAAUACACAGCCGAAGGGAACCAAUUCCACAGCCCCCCCCUUACACGGACGUCAUUCAUUGGAUCUAAGAUACCAGGAGGUUGAUUUUUCGCAGUCUAGUCUCCGCGAUGGGAUCAAGCGUAAUCCCUUUGGGGAAGAUUUCAGCACGGAUACGCUAUCGAGCAAUAAUGGGGCAGGCCCACAUUCGUCCUCCGGUAGCGAUGUGAUAUCAAGGACCAGUGCAGCAGCUGCUGAUACCCGUCGAACUGACCAUAAUGUAUCCACUGGAAGUUUGGACACGGAUAACAGCCAGCCUUCUGACGCCGAUCGGUCUUUUCAAAGGAAACCAGUACGCGAAGCAAAGAAGAACGCGAACGGUCGCACUUCAUCUUUGGCGCAUAUUCGAGCCUCAUUGGAUAUUGAGAGAUUACGAAGUGACGCCUCGCUUGGUAACUUAACAGGGUCGAACGGUAAGAGGUCGUCGUUCUUCUCCAUGUUCAAAAACAAAAAGAAGUAA